CACCCCUCUACCACUUGGAUUCCCCUGAACCUUUGAACUCCAAUCGUCAAUAUGCUGGACCUAGCAGACUUUGUCACCGAGCGCGGUGGUGAUCUCAAGAAGAUCAAGGAGAGCCAGCAGAAGCGAUUUGCUCCGGAGGAGACCGUCGAUGAAGUUGUCGCACUUUAUGAAGAGGCACGACGCGCCCGGUAUGAGGUCACACAGGUGGGCUCUCAGAUCAAUGGAGUCCAGAAGGCAAUUGGAAUGAAGAAGAAGAACAAGGAAGACGCAACCGAAUUGCUCGCACAAAAGACCGAACUCGAGACAAAGAAGAAGGAGCUUGAGGAAGCUGCUGUCGCCAAGGAGGUUCAACGCGACCGAAAGAUUCGCACGAUUGGAAACUACGUCCACGAAUCCGUGCCCGUGAGCAACGAUGAGGCAGACAACCAGCUGAUCAAGACAUGGACCCCCGAGAACGCCGAAAUGCAGAAGCCAGGUUGCCUCUCCCACCACGAAGUGUUGACUCGUCUCGAUGGAUAUGACCCAGAGCGUGGUGUCAAGAUUGUCGGCCACCGUGGAUACUGCUUGACUGGAUACGGUCUUUUCCUCAACUUGGCUCUGAUCAACUAUGGUCUGGAGUUCCUCUUCAACAAGGGCUACACGCCCAACCAGCCCCCUCAAUUCAUGCUUAAGGAUCUUAUGGCGAAGACCGCGCAGCUCGAGCAGUUCGAUGAGGAGUUGUAUAAGGUUACUGAGAGCGAGGAUAAGUCGACCGACAAGUACCUCAUUGCUACCUCCGAACAACCACUGUCUGCCCUGCACGACAGCGAGUGGCUCCAGGACAAGGACCUGCCCAUCAAGUAUGCCGGUUACAGCACAUGCUACCGUAAGGAGGCUGGAUCUCACGGGAAAGAUGCCUGGGGCAUCUUCCGUGUUCACCAAUUCGAAAAGAUCGAGCAGUUUGUUCUUACCAAGCCAGAGGAUUCAUGGCAAGCCUUUGAGGACAUGAUCAGCACCUCCGAAGAAUUCUACCAGUCCCUAAAACUCCCUUACAACAUUGUCGCCAUUGUCUCCGGCGCCUUGAACAACGCGGCAUCCAAGAAGUACGACUUGGAGGCCUGGUUCCCCUUCCAGCAGGAGUACAAGGAGCUCGUCUCUUGCUCCAACUGUACCGACUACCAGUCCCGAGCUCUGGAGAUCCGGUACGGCGCGAAGAAGGCCACCGAUCUGAAGAAGACUUACGUCCACGCGCUGAACUCCACUCUGUGCGCAACGGAGCGUACCCUCUGCUGCGUGCUUGAGAACUACCAGAAAGAAGAUGGUAUUGAGGUCCCGGAGGUCCUGCGGAAAUACAUUCCCGGUGCUCCUGAGUUCCUUCCUUACACCAAGGAGCUUCCCAAGGAUAGCACAUCCACCAAGGCCAAGGGGAAGGCCAACAAGGGCACCGAUGAUGCCACCAAAAAGAUGCAAGGUCUUCAGGUUUAAGGUGAUAUCCCACGAUGUACUUUGAGAUACAAAUUACAAAUUACGAUGGUUUAGUUCAUGACUUAUACGCACAUGUAUAGAAGAUCAGUCGCCCGCUAAUGUGGUCUCUGUCCUUGACGACGUAGGACUAUUCAUCUGACCUAUUUGGCUCAAAAUAUAUUAGGGACAUCUUAUUCAAGAAAACACUCCGAUGUCUUCUUUGGAUGUCCUUUUAGAUUCUUG